AUGGAAGCUUUGCCUUGCUGUGUAUCUGACCUGAGCCCAUCUGUACCUCCUAAGUCAGAGCCUGGUGGUGUUCCAUUCAUUGGGGUCUCACCGCAGUGGUACCAGACUUACCCAGGACACCCAAUCAACUUAAGCCCUGCUGCAGCUUCCACCAGGAGCGGGGAUUACAGCUUUCUUUGUCUAUUGUCCAAAACUCUGCUUAACUCUGGCUUUCUCAAGAGGAAGGUGAAAGCAUCGAAUGUAGUUGAAACUACAUAUUCUAACUUUAAAAGCAAUAUCGUGAAGAGACAGAUGGCUGAGAUGCCUGUUGCUAGUAGCCCAAUAGCCACAAGAGGGCAGCAGGUCUCCACUGGAAAUUGUGCAGCUCAGCCUUUUCAGGAGGACCAUUCUCUAGAUGAUCAGAUUGAUGCUUCUGGAUCAGAGGUGGAGAGAACACAGGAGGAAGUGACCAUGAUUCUUGGUAAGAAAUCCCACAGUUUUGGGAAGACCUGUGUGGUAGCAAAUUUAGGAAGAAAGGAUGAUGCUUUAAGGUGUUGGGAGUCAUCUAACAUCCAAUGGAAAAAUUGGCAGAAAAAUGUUGCUCUGAAAAGUCAGAGGUGUCUCACCCCACUGCCGUCACUCCUGAAGGAGCCCUGGAAUGUCACGGGGAAAAUGCAGAUCUGUGCGAGACCCAAGUGCCUGUGGAAAGGCUGCAGGGAUGGAAUUCAUAGAGAGGAGUUGGUGCAUCAUCAAAGUUUCAGUGACAUGAAACUCCAGCCAGAGGUGAAGAUGCAUCUUACUGGCCUACGAGAUGACUACUAUCUAAACAUCCUGGAUGAUUCUGAAGGUCUUCUUGCUCUUGCCCUUGGGUCUGCUGUACACAUCUGGAAUGGUGAAAGCCACGAUGGGAUGGGACACAUAGACUUGAGUCCUUGGUCCAACUAUAUCUCCUCAGUUUCCUGGAUAAAAGAGGGAGCCUGCCUGGCCAUUGGCACCAGUGAGGGAGAAAUACAAUUAUGGGAUGUGGUGAUUAAAAAGAGGCUGCGAAAUAUGGUUGGUCAUAUUUCAGUAGUUGGGGCUUUGAGCUGGAAUCAUUGUGUCCUCAGCAGUGGUUCAAGACUGGGCCAUAUUCGUCAUUAUGAUGUUCGAAUAGCUCAGCAUCACGUUGGAACACUUUGACAUGAGAGAGCUAUAUGUGCCCUAUAUAUAUGGUCACCAAGUGAUAAGCUGCUUUCCCGUGGUUGUAUUGAUGGGCUAUUGAAUAUAUGGCCCUAUGAUCCUGGUGCCAAAUUCUGUUAACCACUAAAAGUCCUACAUCAUUCUACAGCAAUUAAGGCUAUGAACUGGUGUCCUUGGCAAUCUGAAAUCCUUGCUGUUGGAGGAGGUAUGAAAGAUGGACAUUUACAUGUCUGGGAUAUAAACACUGAGAACAGCAUCCAGAGUCCAUGUACAGAAUCACAGAUUUGUUCCCUGAUCUGGUUACCUAAGACAAAAGAGAUUGCAACUGGCCACGGUAUUCCUAAAAAUGAAGUGACUCUAUGGAACUAUCCCCUUCUGACCCAGUCUGGUGGAUUUUUCGGUCACAGACGCAGGAUCUUGCCCCUGGCCUUGAGUCCAGAUCAGAGCAAGAUUUUUUCGGUUGCAGCUGAUGGAAUAGCCUAUGUCUGGAGAUGCUGUUAA